GAACAUUAGUGAGCGGGCUGCUGGAUCUCUUCAUCUUUGCCACUACGUCUCUCUGCUAUUGUGUGAGUUAAAUCGGAAUAUAGAUGGCAGAUAAUAUAUCAACAACUAGUUCACUGGAAGGACGACAUGAAGAGCUACGGAUGGACCAAUGCCUCCUGGAAGCAGCCACAUCCGGUGAUUCCGCAUCAAUGAAGGCCAUGGCAUCGCAGGAUCGAAGCAUGCUUCUUAGAACAACUCCAGCUGGGAACACCUGUCUUCACAUAUCGUCCAUCCAUGGCCAUGAGGCAUUUUGCACGGAUGUGGUGGCCCUGGAGGCGCCUCUUCUCACUACAGUAAACUUGGAUCGAGAGACGCCACUUCUCACGGCGGUGAAAAGUGGAUUUGUCAUCUUGGCUUCCGUUCUACUCCGAUUGUACCGUGAACGGCGAUUGAGCAAGGCAAUCUUGGAAAAAGACAUUGAUGGCUGCAAUGCACUGCACCAUGCCAUUCGGAGUGGCCACAGGAAGCUUGCGCUGGAGCUGAUAGAAGCAGAGCCGGCUCUGUCGACACAUGUGAAUAGAAUGAACGAGUCACCCAUGUAUAUCGCAGCGAUGAGGAAUUUUACUGAUAUUUCAGAGAAUUUACUUGAAAUUCCUGAUUCUGCUCAUAUGGGACCAUGGGGCCAGAACACUCUGCAGGCUGCCGUGAAAAAUGGAAACGCAGGUUUGGCUAAGAGAAUUAUGGAAACACAUCCUGGGCUGGCCAAAGAAGCCGAUAACAAUGGGUGUACUCCACUAAGUUCAGCUGUAUACCGUGGCCUGGUUGACAUGGCACGAGUAUUGCUGGAACAUGAUUGCUCUUUAGGGUAUGAGGUGCCAAGUAAUGGUAAUCCUUUCCUUAGUUGUGCUGCAUAUGAAGGUCACCUCGAUGUUGCUCAAGAGCUUCUUAAACACUAUCCUGAUACUCCUUACCGUUCAACACAAGAUGCCUGUUGGACAUCCCUCCAUGUAGCUGUAUACGAGGAUCAAGUGGAGUUCACAGAAUUCAUUUUGAGGACCCCACAACUUCGGAAACUCAUUAACAUGCGAGACUCCAACGGUAAAACUGCUCUACAUUUGGCAGUAGAGAAGUGCAAUCCUAAAAUGGUUGCUGCUUUGCUGUCUCACGAUGAUAUAGACACAACUGUGCUUGAUAACAAAUGUGUUACACCAGCUUGGGUAUUAGCUCACGUCAUUGAUCAUGCCAAGACUUUAAACUGGGUAUGUAUAUUAUCAAUACACACGCACGAUUACAAAUAAGAAAAAA